UGCACAGCUAUAACAUAACAACCACAUAAUAUUAUGUAAUCGUUUCUUAAAGUAAAAUGAGACAGUGAUAUGGUUAUUUUCCAAAACCAUCUUUCAUAUUGCUUCUCAGUACUUAAAUACAGCCCUGGAGUGUGUAAUUCGAUAUACUCGUAUAACUAAAACAAUAACUAUAAUAACUCGGAUGGGUGACCACUCGGGUUCAUAGUAUCAAAAAGCAUUCUUUCCAUAUGUUCCCAACCAAUCGUUCCAAUCGUUCCAACCAUUCCAAUCCAACUAAACCGGUUACAGUUUAAUCCUUAUAAUAGCUAAUGGCCAUCGUUUUCGUGCUAAAAACCAGUAUCAAAAAAAAAAUUAAUAUAAUAUGUUUUUUAUUGUCUUAAUAACAACGAUGGACGAGGCGUUACGCAGGAAACGCGUCAUCAUGACGACUCAAAAGAUGUUUUAACGUUUAGAUCGUCACACAGUUCUAUGGCACACGGUAAUGUAUACAACAUUUUUUUAUUCAUAUUAUUAUAUUAUUUCUAUUCAACAUUCGUGAUACGAGCUAAAACAAUAAUAAAUAAAUAUGCCAUUACCGCGUAACAGCGAUGACUUCGUGCCACGUUCCGAGAUUGAGCUACUGGAAGCUGCGAUGUUUUAUACUGAAUAUCUUGCCGAACACGAUUGGCGAUCGGACCCGAUUUACAACGGUAAUCAAAAAAGUAGCCCGUCGGUACGGGACGCGAGCGUUUUUGGCCAGCCCGAGGAACGCGCGGAACCUGACGGACGUGAUAAGCGUAUUGCUGCAGUCAAAACGGUUCAGGCUGAUCGACAGUUGUACGAAUCCACCUGCUGCAGCACAUGUCAGCUGCAAUAAGCCUUCGGGUUCAGUUUCUCGACGAUUGGUCUCCGAAAAACUUGAAUGCAAAACGUGCUACCCAUCAAAUAACAACUAAACCACUUAUUGUAGUCUUCAGAGCGAUCUUUUAAAGUGCGAAUUUUGUUCUUAUACUUAUGACGAUUGAAAUAGUACAUCCAUCAACUGUGUAAAAUUGUAAUAUAAUUAUAUGGUAAUAUGUAUAUUUUAUUCUCUUACUACAAAA